UUCGGAUGCUUCCCACAUCGCCCACCUAUAAAUAACCUGUAACCCCCCUUUCCAUCACCCCCACAAGCACUAGUAAUACUACGCACUAGCUAGCAUUUCACCGAAGAAGAAGAAGAAACGAAAAUGAAAGGUGGGGUGGUCAUUGCAGUUAUGGUGGUUGUUGCCACGGUUGCAGUCAUGGUGCAGCCGGGCUAUGCAGUCACCUGCGGACAAGUCGAAACCUCGCUCGCUCCUUGCAUGCCCUACCUCACUGGUGGGGGUAACCCUGCAGCGCCCUGCUGCAAUGGUGUCCAGAACUUGAAGCUCUUGACUCCCACCACGACCGACAGGAGAGAUGCCUGCAGGUGCGUUAAGGCCGCCGCAAGCAAGUUCCAGAACAUCAAGGAGGACGCGGCCAGCGCCCUCCCUACCAAGUGUGGAGUCCAGAUCGGCAUUCCUAUUUCCAUGACCACAAAUUGUGACCAAAUCCAGUAAGAAGGGAGGUUGAGAAAUGAAGAAUAAAGAGAGGAAGUAUGGCGUCUUGCUAACUUCUCUACUCCCAGCUAUAUAUAUGGCUUUGUAUAUGGUAAAGGUUCUCAUGAGAGAGCCAUGAUAUAGACCUACCUAUGUGUAUCUGGUUUGGUGUAAUGUUGAAUAAAAUCAUGCUGUUCUCUCUCCCUCA